AUGGCUGUUUCAUCGCCUAUUACACCAAGAUUCAAUCUUCUUUCCCAAAACAGUUUACAAAACAGCAUAAAUAAACACAAUGCAGGUGAUACUAGCAGACAAAGAACUGAUGACAAAGACAAUGAGGAGGGUAUUGAGGCAAAUGUAACAAAUUCUCAAAGAGGAUUAUUCGAUUUACAAAGUGUGACGAAAAAUAAGAAACGAGCUGCAGAAGGAUACAUAGAGGAAGUUGAACCAAUAUCUAAAAAGAAGAAACAUAAAGCAUCUAGGAAAUGUCAAGCAGAUGAAGUGCCAGCAAGAAGAAGCCAGAGAGUCCUGCAAAAAAAUUAUAUGGAAGCAGCUUUAGAGUUAUUGAGGAUGCGAAAGAAACAAAAUCUUCUUUUGUUUUUGAACAAAAGUGCUUUGAUGGUUGGUGAAUCGUUCUUGAAUGCAAUAGACGAGAUUUAUGUUAUUUUUGCAGAUGACAAGGACGGGUUUCAAUUCGGGACUGAAUUCACCAGUCAUGGCAUAGAGACAAACAUCCGCAUUAUCUACACACCGUUGAGGAUCAAAUAUAAAUGCUGGAUUGCAUUGAUCUUUCAUCUUGUGAAGAGAAAUAUAACCAUACUGAACUGUGCAACAUCAAAGAUUUCGAAAGAACAGCUCAAUACAUAUAUUGGAGCGUAUGCACACACAAUUCCUUACAUCAUUCGCCAAAUUACCGAGGAUGACAUGAUGGUUAUCUCUCCAUUCAGUAUACAAAUAGAGUCAAAAGAAGUACCACAGGUUGCUAAAAUAGCAGAUACAUGCGUUUUUGUAUUGAAAUUAAUAGAAUGCCACUCGAUGCGCAUCAAGGAUUUGACGAAGCUUUCUGAAGAAAACAUCGGGGAUAUAAGAUUCAAGCUUGCUGCUGAUCUCUUCUCAGAGUUAUUAGCACCGGACAGGAGAUGGAGCAAAGAUGCACAGAGGAGAGGAAAAGAGACAUUCCCUUUCUUGUUUUCAAAUCAUUAG